AUGAAUGAAGAUAGGAAGAUGCAAAAUAGAUUCAUGUGUUCUAUAUGCCUGAACAGAAAGGUUUCCCAGGACGAGUACAUUGAUGUAGAAUGCUGUAAACGGAAAUCCAAAUCUUGUCCGCGAUGCCAAAAACAAGACGAAGAAGAUGAAUUCAGAAAUACUAAUAGGAGCAAUAAAAAUAGAGACGGGAACGGAAAACAUAUACAGACAUCACAACCCGACGUCACCCAAGGAUUGACAUUAUUAAACGAGGUACUCACAGUGUUCCAAAAUAAAAAACAAGUGGAAGUCAAAAAUAAAUGCAAAACUGUUAUAUUCAAAGACGCUUGCGUUGGCACCGACGACAUCCACAAUAAAAAUUACCUAUCCGUGAGUAAGUUAUUGCAAUACUCGAUUGAGAGUCGCCAAGUGAAUGAGAAUGGACUAUAUUCUGUAGUAUGCUGUCACCCAGAAACAGCGAAAUCACAAUAUCCACUAGAUUUGACCAAACGUAAGUCAUCAUCCAUACCACAAAUGAAGUUGGAAGAGCUUAAGCAAUCUAUAAAAGAAAAAACGAAAUCCAAAGACGCCAUCGAAGAAAUAAAUAGAAUGUUUGCGGUUGUACGAAAAAACGAUGACAAAAGCUGCGAUACAAAUAGACCAUUGAUAAGAAACGGUCCUAGGGUUUUGCCGGUUGUGAAAACCCACUUUUAUCAAACCGACAAACCGCAGGGUAAAUGUCAGUGUUGCCAGACCAAUUAUCAAAUGUCCGGCGGUGAUAAUAUUAAACAGCACGAGUGUUGCCGUAAUUCUGGCAACACUUGUUCCCAUUUAUGCUGUCACUGUAUUAAGAAUGAGUCAAAUACAUGCAUAGUUUGUGAGCAAUGUGGCCAUAAAGAAUACAAAAACCAGCAUACGGCCCAUGAAUGA